UGGAUGCAAGUCAUGUGACGCCAGUGAACCAGGAACUGAGCGCUUUGUGGAAACUAAUCAGCAGCAGCAGCAGCAGCAGGAUGUCUGGAUCAGUGGAUGUUCAUUCUCAGUUAGCGUCAAUAUUAGACCGCUUUGCUAAGUGUGCAUUAGUAGAAAUGACUAAAAUCAUCGAUAAAGAUUCGGCGCUGUUGAGAGCAGAGAUUUCCCGCAGACAGAUGGAAGUGGAAGCGCUGCUGUGUAAACUACAGUUCGCCGAGAGUGAGCUCAGAUCAGCCCGACAUGCAGCAGCGACCCGGCCGCCUGCUCCCCACUGCAGAUCCGUCGCUGUACAGGUUCACAACACUGACACACUACAAGAGGAUAAAAAAGAACAUUCAGACACACACCAUCAUUUGCCAAUUCAGUCUACCAGUGUGAUGGAAAAUGGAGCUGAACUGUAUCACGUCAAAGAGGAGCAGACUGAGCUUACAUCAUGGGAUAAUGAGGGUGACGUGGAGGAGACUCAGGAUUGCUGGGAGAGGGAGCAACAUUCACUUGAUACGUCAGGUUGUGAUGAAGCAAAACCUGAUAUCAUUUGGGACUCACCUGAUCUUGAGGACAUUACCAUGAACUCGACACAAACACCGGAAACAUCAGAAGAACCUAUCAAUACAAAUCCUGGCCGUCCCAACACCAACGUUUCCCCAAAUCUACGAGAGGAUCUUACCAUCCAGUAUCAGCAACCCACAGACUGUAACGGCCCCGCUCAGCACAGACGGAGUCGGUUAACUAACCCUGCAGCGCCUCUUCCAGUGAGUGAGCAAAGAGUCGACGGGGCAGGAACGGGGGAUAAGAGUUCACGUUGCAUCCAGUGUGGUAAAACCUUCACCACCCGCUUCUACCUGAAGAUCCAUCAGCGCAUUCACACAGGCGAGAGACCCUACACGUGCCUCCAGUGUGGCAAACGCUUCUACUGUAACUCGCACCUGAUCUCACACCAGCGCUGCCACACUGGAGAAAAACCAUACAGCUGUGAGGAGUGCGGCAAGUCGUACUCCCAUCUGAACUCGCUAAAACUGCAUCAGCGCAGCCACACUGAGGAGGAGGUGGCCUACAACUACUGGUGACUGCAGUGUGUGAGGAGAUGAACAUUUCGUCUUCUCUGACGAUUGCUGGACCGGCUACUUUAAUUUAGUUAGGCUGAUUCAGCUCAACUGUAUUUGUAUAGUUCUUUUUACAAAAACAUCGUCUUAAAGCAGCUUUACAGGAAUCCAAGUAUAAAACCACUAACGAGUACGAAUAGGGCGACUCUGGCAGGGAAAAACGACCGGUGUAGUUACUCUCCAAAAAUUAAAAACAAGUAUAAUACGCUAUUUGAUACAUGUUUUAAGGUUUCUAUUUAUAUAUUUUUCUCUGCAUAAUAAUACAACUAGAACAAACAAGCAAGCAAGGUAUUUUAUUAUUUUUUUUAAUAAAAAUUGUUUGCCAAGAA